UUUUGUCAAAACUGUUCAGCUAGUUGUUAACAUGUGUUUCACGUGUUAUUCGUCACUUGUAUUUUCCUAAUUUUUAAACAUGGUAUAAUAUUUAUAAAGUUGUGUAAACGUGUGUUAUAAAAAGUGUAAAAUACAUGGCGGACUCAAAUCAGGGGAAUGGAGAAGACCUGCAGGCUCAAAUUGAUGAGGUGGAAGCUCUGUCUUCGAUAUAUGGCGAUGAGUGGUGUGUCAUAGAUGAAGCCUCAAGAAUAUUUUGUAUCAAAAUUUCAGAUGACAUUGAGCAGCCCAAACUAACUGCAUGCCUUCAGAUAAUUCUCCCUGCGGACUACCCCAGUGCUGCCCCUCCCAUCUACCAAAUCAAUGCUGCGUGGUUGCGGGGACCUGAGAGGGCCAAAUUGGCAAACAGCCUGGAAGACCUCUAUGUGCAACAUGCUGGGGAGAGCAUCCUGUACCUUUGGGUGGAAAACGUCCGAGAAUUCCUUGUUGAGAAAUCCCAGAGUGGGGAAGCAGAGGACCACCCGGCUAAAAACAUCAACAUAACAACUGAAGAGGAAGAAAUGGAGGACGGAGAAGACAUACCAGACUUCAGCUCUCUCAAACUGACCGAAAACGCACACCUUUUUAUGGACCAUUUGAAUGACGACGAGAUGCCGCCAAUAAAACACGGUAAUACCAUCACGGACCGACGGAGCACUUUCCAGCCUCAUUUAGCUCCCGUGGUGACACCGAGACAGGUUAAAAUGGUCCUUGAGAAGCUCUAUGAGAACAAGAAGAUCGCCAGCGCCACUCACAAUAUUUAUGCGUACAGAAUAUACUGUGAGGACAAGAACAGCUUCCUGCAGGACUGUGAAGAUGAUGGAGAGACAGCAGCAGGAGGCAGAUUGCUCCAUUUAUUACAGAUUCUGGAUGUGCGCAAUGUCAUGGUGGUUGUGUCCCGGUGGUACGGAGGAAUUUUGUUGGGGCCCGAUCGCUUCAAACACAUCAACAACUGUGCCAGAAGCAUCCUGCAAGAGGAGGGAUACAUAGGCAUGAUAGGGGAUGAGGCGGCCAAAUCAGGAGGGAAGAGCAAAAGGCCAAAAAACAAGAAGAUCAAGUGAAGUUAAUAAGACAGAGGCUUUUAAUCAGAGACUUCAAACACUGGCGCUGCUGGCAUCUGUGAAAUGUCAGUUUUACACAAGGACUAUUUUGAGACACUCAACAAACUUACAGGACUAUGUCUGUCUAUAGUCUGCCUUAAAGGUGCACUUUGUAACUUUUCUGGUGGAGGGUCCAGUCAAUGCUUUUCUCCAUGGAGACGUUAUUGCUUUGCCUGGAAUGUUUCACAGUGGCAAUGGCAUUAAACCUUUCUAUUUUCAUGGAUACCAAACUAGACCAAGUUACAGGUCAGAUCUGUGGUGAGACAACCCUGCUCACAGUAAGAUAUUUUUGAGCUGUAAAACCACCUGUAAUUGAAUGAAUGUAAAGUAGAGCAAUCAUACUGUGGAACAUUCCAGGCAGAGCAAUGACAUAUACAUAGAAACAAGCAGGUAACGCACCCCAACCAAAAAGUUACAUAGUGCACCUUUAAAUAAUUUACAAAUAGUUUACAAAGUUACAAAGUUUACAAAGAUAUUUAGUUUCAUUUACUAGUAAAGUUCUAAGUAGUACAAAUUCUCAAGGUUGCAACCUCAGGGAUGGAACAAUGUGACAUUAAAGGUGCUACCUACUUGUCUCCA